CCAGCGUUCAUCUUGCGAUAAAAGACUUACAUGCAGGACGUUAUAAAAAACACAAAUUAACGUGGCUAUGAAUUCCCUGAAUGUUGUUAUUGUAUCUGUUGGGCUUUUUUUUAAUUUUAUUUUUUUAGUUUAGAAGUAUGCAGUAGAAUUCUGAGACGUUUAUGAAAAAAAGCCGUUUGAAAAUCGAAUGAAAAUUUGAGGAAUCUUUAGUAGUUUAAAAGUACACGUUCUUUGACUUUAUGUCGUGUGUCCUGCCCUCAAGAUGGUCGACAACUGACAGCUUCAGUUACCAUUGGCUCACAGCGCGGAUUCGUUAGUUAGAUUUCUAUACGAUAUCUAUACCCAAGAUGGCUGCCAUCAGGUUUAUCAUGUCUCUCUUGCUCACAGCCUGACCGUCAAUAGAUUUAUUCUCGAAAUGGCCUUGCGUUUGGUCACCAGACGGAUCCUUUGUGUUGGAGGAGACACUUCAAUCGCAAGUCGCUCAAAAAGUUACUGGGAAAAGGUUAAAAAUAGUAAAGCAGUUACAUGGAGCCGCAGUCUGCUAUCUGACUACAAAGAGGCAUGUCGUGAAAUGGUAGUUGGCAUCUGGGAACGUCCUAUCAAGGCAUCACUUUACAUGACCAUCCUUGGAGGCGCAUUAACCUGUUUCUCCUCCAAGCCGGAUUACUCAUCUUUUGAGGCUGCCCUCCUGGAGCGUGCCAACCAGCUGGGUCUGCUGUCAUCAUGGAUCCGCAAUGCCACUUCUGAUAGCCACGUGCAGAGUCUGCUUAAGCUUCGCAAUGAGGGCCGUCUGCUUCACGUCAACUUGGGACUAAUCUCUUUGAUUUAUUUUACUGACCAUAGCCCUGACACCGCACUGUACGAAGCUCAAUGUAGUAGCGUGGCAAAGCUCUGGAGAGAGUUCCCUAGAUGCGUCAUGGAUGUAGGCUUUGUUGGCCGUUGGUGGAUCCUGGACUCAAAAAUGAAAAACUAUGACAUUAAUGAAGAUGAGUUCUUGCACCUACCGGUGCAUAUGAAGGUAUCAUCCCCACCCACGGUUCAGGUGGUGGAAUCAAAUGAGCAGCUGCACAAAGAGUCUUGGCUUCCACUUAAAUUGGAUGCUGAAGAGAAAUAAACAAAUAUAAGGUGUAGAUUUGGCAGCGCAGCAGAGACAUACUACUAAAAUGUUGAAUGAUGAUGAAACUUUAAAUAGCUCUUUCACACUAGCACUGUUUGGUCCUUUUUAAAUGGACCAGAGUUCUUUUUCUCAGAAUCCGCCAAACAAACGAACUCUGGUCCGCUCAAAAAUCGUGGUUCUCGGUCUGGUUUCAGCAAACUCUGCUUCGCUUAUGAAUGCAAGUGGAGCAGGGUGCGUGUUUACGACAUUAUGUUCAGCAUCACAACACCAUGCUGUGACACGCCACGUUCCCUCCCCUCCUAGGAGGGAGGUAUUUCCUCUUCUAAAUUUGUCAAAUCAAUGGGUGCACCUUUCGUCUACGUGAUGCUACUUGGAAAGUUUUGUUACCGCUGUGUGAAUACUGAACCUUUUCAACAAGUCUUUUAAAAGUGUUGUGGCGAGGUAGCUCUCCAACCGGACCCUUGUCCUCUUAGUCUAAUGUGAAAGUGUCCAUAGUAUUUUAGAAAAGUGUCAUUGUUUGAUAUAUCAACGAUUAAAUCUACUGAAUGUUAAACCAAUAAAUAUACAAUAAAUGUUGUGCGACAUGUUGCAUUAUUUUUAUAUACUGUAUGUAUUGAAAAGGUAUCAACAUCGGAAUGAACGAGCAGUUCCCUUGUGAGAUUAAUGAGAGACGCAAGGUCCAGUACCAUGGGUCCCCAAAUCCAAUCCUCGUCUACAUAGGCACAUUCUGUAGAUUAUGCUAUUUAAUUUGGUCAUAUUACUCUAUUUAUUCUAUAUACACUAUCUCCACAUGGCUCCUUAAUAUGGUAAUUUAUGCAUGUAACUUUGGCUGUGAUAGGCAUAUGAGUUGAUACUUCUGCGAAGCACUUUCGUGUGAUAUGCUUCAUUGAUGUGUGUCGGGAGAUCUGAGUUUCCAAGUUGGAAGAUAGUUCUGAUGUGUUGUGAAGUCAUAAUGUGGGAUAAAACCAUGGUUGCUAACUUGUUACAAAGAAGAGUAGCCAAUUGUAAUACUCCAACGAUACAUCACAAGUUAAGUGACUGUUUGACGCUUUUUUCGAUUACUCUAACAACACAUGAAUGCAGAAUCAAUAUUACUGUGCGUGUGCCAAACUGCUAAUCAUACUGUCGACGUGCAAAUAACAUCUUC